AUUACCUCCGCCACCUCUUACCUGCCAGCUAGCGCGCUGAACUCCCCUCACGAUCAUGUGGGAGGUCUUGGACACACGCCAGCGUCUCCAGAAAGAAUUAGUGUUGCAACAAGCUCAGUUUUGUGGGACUUGUGGGCAGCCCUGUUCAUACGUUUGGCUGCGUGGAUGACACGCGCCUUCUUAGUCCCUGGGGCUUGUAAUGACUGGCGGGUUUGGGCUUCCCAAGAGCCACUGUUCGCGUGGCGAGACUUGAGCCUUCACGUGAGUGGCUAUGUGCGUAUGUCAGGGCUCUGGGCGCUUGUUGAUGUGUGUGGAUUUGAGCUGCUCGUUAUUCGUCUGCGCACUCUGAAAGAGCCCAGACGGCGUGAGUGAGGCUGCUGUUUGCGUAGGGCCCGGCUUAGUGACGCGUUUGUGUGCGUGCUCAGUCUCCAGUCUGCGCAUGUGUGUACUGUGCAGUGCACCUCUCAGCGGUUGCGGGGCAGUUGUAGCCGCAGAAGUUGAAGCGAGAUGUUGAUGGUAGUGCUGGUGGCAGUGGCGACCAUGCGGCUUUGUCCGCUGGUCAGAGCUCAGCCGCUCUGCCGCACUCGCACAGUGAGGACAGGAAAAGUGUUUAAUGUCAGACAAAAAGUGGACGGGGAUAUCCUGCAUUCUUCAUCUACAAGAAUACACUUGAUUAAACAUCCUUGCAAGGAAAAUAUAGCUCUAUACCUAGGAAAACAACUUUUUUUCACAAGAGAUAACUUUGAGAGUAGUCUCCUUCCGUUUACCAUCCCUACAUCAUUGCAGGUUAGUGUGCCACAAGUAACAUCAGCACAUUUCAUUGAUUCAUCACUGCUGCUAGUAGUGAAUCAAAAAGUCUAUAUUUAUAAUUAUGAAGAUUCUUCUUGGAACAUAUCUUUAGGGAUAAAACACCCUGUUUCACAUAUUUCUGGUGAUUCUUGCUGUUAUGUUGAAACUAUUUUUUGUGUGAAUAUAGGUAAUUUGAUUUUUGCAUAUUUGCAUGGAGAUCAGAUAUCUCACACCAACAUAUAUAUUUCAACCACUGGGGGAUACAGUUUUACAAAGUAUACCUAUGAAAAACAGGAAGAGGUAUUAGGAGUUUUGGGUGGAAUCUACCAUCUUCACUCCUUGUCAGAGGUUGGGCUGCUUGUCAUUGAUAGAGAAAAGGCCAUGCUCAAGUACUCAUAUCAUCCCCUCAACCAGAGUUUGGGGCUGGCCUUCGACUACAAUGGGACACUUGAUGUGGUCAUCAUCCCAGGCCAGAGAGGCAUUCUGAUCCUCUGGUCUGAAAGGACCCUGUUAUUUUCCCACAACUCAGGUCAGCUUUUCGACUCUGUCCGGGUGAAGAAAGGAGAGGACACCCUCUACACUUCCACCUUUGAAUCUGGCAUCACCAUCCAUGCCGUUGCUGCCAAUGAAAAUGAACUGGCAGUUUUAACUGAGGAGGAUCAUUUAUAUUAUGGCAGUCUGGGAGUUCUGUCAAGUUCUAUAAUCAAAUUUCCAGACCAACCUAUCUGGUCCCAAGAAGCAGCCAUGAUGUUCUUGGAUGCAGGGAUGCUUGAAAUUCUGACCCCACUUUCUGACACAGCUUUUCAAGCUUUUGAUUUCCGGAAAUGCCUUGUGAAUAUUCAGGAGAUUCUCAUGGAUCCCGAUCUCCAAAUUGAAAAGUGCAAAAUAGAAUUUCUGGAUGGUGAAUUUAUAGGCAAAAUGUUUACCAUCGAUAUGCACAGCAAGCUGGAAUUGUCUGCUACUCUGAUACCUCGGCCAGGCACAUCCCCGAUCCCACUGGUGAUGGUGAGCAACCCCCACUCCUUGGGGCUGCAGGCCUCCUUCUACGAGAAUGGCAACACCUUGGAUGGGAACAUUCAGUACAGACUGGACAUUUACCUGAAGCAGCAGCAGCACUGGGGCAGGACAGACCCCAACUUCACAUCCAGCCUAAAGAGAGCUACCAUAUCUAGCUUAACUGUGGAUGUAGCCAACAAGGAAAUUUCAUGCGUGGAUAUCAAGCCACUGUCCACACUUAUUUCAGUUGGCUGUGACCUGGAUAAAAAGAUCAUUGUCCAGAACAAAAUUUCAGCCUGUUCCAAGGACAUUUUGGACCCAGUGGCCCUUCAGGACAACUACACCUACGUCAUUGAGAAGGAAUCCUAUGACCCCAGAUUCCAGGGGCAAAAGGCCACCAAGGACCUGGUUGUGCACUACUCAUAUGAGCGUCUGGGCUGUCCUGGCCUAGUCUACUAUGACACCCCAUGGAAGCCUGUGGUCGAGCUGUGGCAAGGAGACAUUUUCCAUGAGGUAGUCGAAGCUGAGUACGUCUUGCUGGAGGUGAAUGGGCUGUUCACAUACUCCUACGCCCUGACGGCCGCAGAGGCACACUGCAGAUCCCAGCCGCAGAACUGGAGCACAGUCAUGAAGGACAGUGGGGCACCUUUCUCCUGGAACAGAGAGAACUACGUGAGCUGCCACGACCCCGAAAACACUGCCCCCUUGCAGUGGCCAAAUGUUAAGUAUCAGAUCUUGGGAGGCCCGACAAAAAACGCUCUUGCUUUCGACCAAAGGAAUGGCAUGUACAUCUUCUUCAUUUCUAUUGUGGAUCCGUACUACAGCUACUGUCACCUGGAGACUGUCUUCAGCAUCUAUGUGCAUGGGGCCUACCCACUGCCCUUGUUGCACCGGGAGAUGAUCAUAGUGGGGAUGUUAGUGACCAUCCUGUUCUCCGUAUGGCUGGCCUACAUUAUCCCCAAGAUGUUUCGCACCGAGAAGGGCCAGAGGAUCAAGGGGUUUGGUGCCAAGCUAUGCAGGAGAUGCAAGAGGUUGUGCAGGUUCUGCUGUCCAGCACCCCAUAAGAGUACACCCAAGCAAAGCAGGAUGUCCCUGAAAGUACCCUUCUCUUCAGGAACUCGGCACUGACCUCUGAGCCUAUCAGCUGGGGACUAGACUA